GGAUGGGGUGUGUCUGUGCACUUUGGAUGGGAUAAGAGCACUAAUUAAUAAGAAGAUGUUAAAUUCGGGGUGAAGUAACCCUUUAAUAAUUUGUAUUUAUAUUCUUUACUUUGUGUAUUUAUAUUCAUAACCCCUGCCUAGGAACAAUCAGGAGGACUAUUUGAGUCAGACACUUUGACACACUGCUGAGUAUCGUUACAAAUGUGUAGUUACCAUUACACUUUAUAAUUUGUGCAUUUCAGCAGCAGUUUGCUUCAAUCUUUCUGAAUAACAAACCAGAUGAGAGUGAGUGUGUGAGUGUUUAUGUCAAACUGUCUUCGGAGUCACACCCCGCUUCCUCAAAGGAAAACGGGGACAAAAGACAUUUCAGAGCUGCUGUUCAACACAACGGUUUCAGAGGAGGAACUAGAAAGACCUGCAUUAUACUAUUUGAGCUGUUAAUUGGUGAAGGACGAUGGCUUCUUUUAAAGAUCUGCUCAUGGAAUCACUGAAGGAGCUGGUAGAAGAUGAACUGGAGGAGUUUCAGUGGCACUUAGAGAAAGAUCAUGAGGGUAUAUCAAAGUCUGAAAUUAAGAAUGCAAACAGGUUAAAAACAGUGGAUAAGAUAGUGGCAUGUUUUGGACCAGAAGAAGCUGUGAAGAUCAUGGUUGACACCCUGAGGAAGAUGAAUCAUAAUGAGCUGGCUGAACAGUUAGAGAACAAACACAAGAAAGUGAGUGUUUCUUUCACGGCUCAGGCUGAUGGCAAUACGAACACAUCUGUCCGUUUUAGAGCUAAUUCAGAGCUGCAAAACUUCUUGAGAACUCACAAAAACAACAUGAAGAGGAAAGCAAAAUAUAUUUUUGAGGGCAACCAAAAAAAUAACACGGAUCUCAAAGCUGUUUACACAAAAGUGUUCAUCACAGAGGGAGAUAUGAAAGAUGUCAAUAAGGAACAUGAGAUUCAUAAUAUUGAUGAUGCUUUCAAGAAGAGAAAAACACAGGAUAAACCAAUUCAAUGCAAUGAUAUAUUUACUGAACUGAGGAAAAACGAUGAGGAGAAGAUUGUGCUGACCAAGGGAGUCGCUGGCAUCGGAAAAACUGUCUCUGUGCAAAAAUUCAUACUUGACUGGGCAGAAGGAAACACCAAUCAGGAUAUAGACUGUGUGUUCCUGCUUCCAUUCAGAGAUAUCAACACGAUUAAAGACAGAGAGGUCAAUCUCCAUUUGUUUCUGCUGAAAUUUUAUCCUGGAUUAAAGGACCUGGAGAAAUCAAAGCUAUAUGAGGAAUGCAAGCUUGUAUUUAUAUUUGAUGGACUUGAUGAGAGUCAAUUGCCAUUGGACUUUGAAAGCGAAACACUGGAAACUGUUGAGGAAAGAGCAUCUGUAGAUGUGCUGUUUACAAGUCUGGUCAAAGGGGCUCUGCUUCCAUCAGCUCUUGUGUGGGUGACAUCACGACCAGCAGCGGCCAAUCAGAUCCCUCCUCGGUAUGUGGGUUUGUUCACAGAGGUGCAAGGAUUCACUGACCAACAGAAGGAGGAGUACUUCAGAAAGAGAAUAACAGAUGAAAGUCUGGUGUCCAGAAUCAUCUCACACAUUAAGAUGUCUCGUAGUCUCUAUAUCAUGUGCCACAUUCCUGUGUUCUGCUGGAUAACAGCCACGGUACUUCAAGAUAUUCUCAUCAACAACAAUGCAGAAAACAUCAGCACAACACUCACUGAAAUGUACAUUCACUUCCUGCUGAUACAGAUGAACAUGAAGAACAGGAAGUACGAUGAAAAAGAACAAAGACAACGCGCAAAGCUCUUACAUUCAAAUAAAAAAAUGAUUCUGAAAUUAGCUAAGCUAGCAUUUAAACAGCUACAGAAGGAAAACAUUGUGUUCUAUGAGAAAGAUCUGGAAGAAUGUGGUAUUGAUGUGAGUAAAGACAUGGAGUUCACAGGAAUGAUUGCUGAGAUUGUUAAGAAGGAAAAUGGACUUUAUGAGACAAAUGUCUUCUGCUUUGUGCAUCUGAGUGUUCAAGAGUUCCUCGCUGCAGUGCAUGUGUUCAUCUGCUACCUGAACAAGAACAUGCAGGAGCUUCAGUUUUUCUUUGAAGAUUCACAAACUACCCUCAAACAAAAGCUUCAGUUCUUCUUUAGACAUGUCACAUUUCAUGACUUAACAAAGAGGGCCACUGAAAAAGCAAUGCAGAGUAAGAGAGGACAUCUGGACCUAUUCCUGCGGUUUCUGAUGGGACUUUCACUGAAAUCCAGUCAAAAUCUGCUCAAAGGCCUGAUCAUAAACACUAAAGACACUAGUGUGAGCAUCAGAAAAAUAAGUGCACACAUUAAAGAAUUACAAAAAGACAUCAACUACAUCUCAGAUGAAACUUCAGUAAACCUAUUUUACUGCUUACUUGAGCUCAAAGAUCAUUCACUCUAUGAGGAAAUAAAGAGCUUCUUCAGUUCAGAUGAAGAUCCAGGAAGAAACCUCUCAUCUUCAAUGUGCACAGUAAUGAUCUACAUACUGCUGAUGUCAGAGAUGGUGCUGGACAAGUUCAACCCAAAGAGGUUUGUAUAUUCAAACUUCAGGAGACUCCUCCCAGCUGUGAGGUGCUGCAGAAAAGCACUAUUUGAUGGCUGUGGUCUUGAUAAAACAUGCUGUGAAACUGUGUGUUCAGCUCUACAACUGUCAAACUCCCAUCUAACAGAGCUGGACCUAAGUAGCAAUGACCUGCAGGAUUCAGGAGUGAAGCUGAUUUAUGAUGGAGUGAAGAGUCCACACUGUAGACUAAACAUACUGAGGUUGUGUGGGUGUAAUCUCACUGGUCAGUCCUGUGAAAGUUUAUCUUCAGCUCUACAAUCCCCAAAAUGUGUCCUGAGAGAGCUGGACCUGAGUAACAAUGACCUGCAGGAUUCUGGAGUGAAGCUUCUUUCUGAAGGACUGAAGAGUCCAAACUGUCAGCUGAAGACACUGAGAUUUUCCAUAUGUAAUCUCACUGCUCAGUCUUGUGAGAAUUUGUCUUCAGCUCUACAAUCCUCAAACUCUGUUCUGAGAGAGUUGGAUCUGAGUAACAAUGACCUGCAGGAUUCUGGAGUGAAGGUUCUUUCUGAAGGACUGAAGAGUCCAAACUGUCAGCUGAAGACACUGAGAUUUUCCAUAUGUAAUCUCACUGCUCAGUCUUGUGAGAAUUUGUCUUCAGCUCUACAAUCCUCAAACUCUGUUCUGAGAGAGUUGGAUCUGAGUAACAAUGACCUGCAGGAUUCUGGAGUGAAGGUUCUUUCUGAAGGACUAAAGAGUCUAAACUGUCACCUUGGUAUAUUAAGGUUGUCUGGCUGUAUGGUGACAGAGGAAGGCUGUGGUUAUGUGUCUUCAGCUCUGAGUUCAAACCCAUCACAUCUGAGAGAGCUUGAUCUGAGCUACAAUCACCCAGGAGAUUCUGGAGUCAGGCUACUCUCUGAAAAACUGGAGGAUCCAAAAUGCUCAUUGGAAAAACUCAAUGUGGAUCAUGGAGGAGAAUCCAGGAUUACAGCCGGACUGAAGAAAUAUGCCUGUUCUCUCACACUGGAUCCAAACACUGCAUACCCUCAUCUAGGUCUGUCUGAGGAGGACAGAAAGGCGGAAUGGGAGAAAGAGAAACAGCUGUAUCCUGAUCAUCCAGACAGAUUUGAUCAUGUGUGUCAGUUGUUGUGUAGAGAGAGUGUGUGUGGACGCUGUUACUGGGAGAUUGAGUGGUAUGGAGGUAGAGAAUUGCAGAUAUCAGUGUCAUAUAAGAGCAUCAGCAGGAAGGGAGAUGAUGAGUGUUGGUUUGGAGAAAAUGAUCAGUCCUGGAGUUUGUGCUGCAUUCCGACAUAUUAUUCAUUCAGACACAAUAAAAUGUUAACUAAUUUCCUUGUAUACCCCUACAAAACCACUGGUAGAAUAGGAGUGUAUGUGGAUCACAGCGCAGGAACUCUGUCCUUCUACGACGUCUCUGACUCAAUGAGACACAUCUACACAGAACAGACCACAUUCACUCAGCCGCUCUAUCCUGGGUUUAUUGUUGAAUGUGGAUCAUCAGUGAAACUGUUUUGAUGAAUCAGAAGAGAAAGAGCAGAGAUUCUACCCAUAAUGCUUUGAGCUGCAUGAUUAAUCAGUAACAGUGAGAUGUUAUAAAGUCUCUUCAUCACAUCAAUACUGCAGCUGAAAAUCUGUCACUGAAAUAACAGAAUAAAUGUGUUUCAGAUAUCCUAAUUCACACAGUAAUAUCAGUGUGUGUGUGUGUGUCACAACAAAACAACCUACAAUUGCUUUUAUUAUAGUGUUACAUCAUUUGUACUAUUAUCAAAAUAAGCUUUCAAUUGAAAUGUAUCUUUCAUAAACAUGUAAUUCUCUGUUGUUUUUGUGCAUUAAUAAUAAACCAUAAUGACAAUCA